CCUUGCGCGCUCAUUAUAAUCGGAUCACAUGCACGCGGUUGCGCUUUUCACGGUUGUCCACUUGACACGCACGGCUUUGAUACUUUCUCGUAUUUGAAGUUGAUCCUUUUGAAUGAAAAUAUCUGUUUUUUUUUUCUGGCUGAAACCGGUACAUUCAAGAAAAAGUUUCAUUAACGGAAUAAGGAAAUUUGGGGAUAGGUGAGAGACAUAUGAGAGGUUGAGUGCCUCAAUGUUAAAACUGUAACUUAAAUAUGCCGGACACGAGACUUAUAAAGCCGAAACCUGUUGCAGCGAAACCUAAGCAUCUGAACAAAAAAAGCAGUACAGCCGAAACAACACCUGCCGUCAGAAGCAGAGAUGUCGGUGUCGGUCACCGCAAAAGGGCCUCAAGCUGCCCAAGAUGUGUCACCGAAUACAAACCCAAAGCGACGGAGAGAAGCACCAAAGCAAUAAAGGAGAAACAGUCCGAGACUUUACCGAGGUCAAAACCUGCAACAUGUGCACCGAAGGAACAACCAAAAUCACAUUCUCUUUAUGAAAUCCACAGUCAAAAAGCAUUUACAGUAUUUGCACCAAACCCAAAGAAAAGACAAGACAUUCAGCAAAAAGCAGAAGCAGAACUGGCAGCUCUGGAGGAUCUGCGCUUGAGUCGGGCCAUGGGUUACAUUUCCAUAUCUCCUAGUACUGUGGGUGGAUGCCUAACUCUGGAAGAGGUCAGGGCAAAACAACAGCAAGAAAUGCAAAUCAAGAGAAGACAAAAGCAGGUUAAACAUGUAUUUUAGAAACUUCUUCAGUUGUGCAAGAAUAAAGGUUAGAAUACUGCCGACAACAGAUGAACAUUUAUUUAGUUUGCUUUUUAAUUUUAAAAGUGCAGCUAAUUUCCAUGGACUUCCCGAUGUGACCUUAUAUUCUAAAUGUAUAUUAUUCACCAAGUCUUUAUGAAAUAUUCCUGUAUGAG